AUGCAGUAUAAAAACCACGGAGGAAACAUCAAAGUAGCAAGAUAUGAUAAUCAUGAAGACGGGUAUGGAGGAAAUAAGAGGUAUUACAAUCAGGGUGCGAACUACAGAGGAAUGGAGGUCAGAAUGCCACCUCUAAACACAACAGCGGAAAAAGUUUGGGAAGCUGUUAUAUUGAUGGAGGAGAUAACACCACCACCCAACCUUGGGAAAGAACCACCGUCGGAAAGAAGAAGCAAAGAUUUUUUCGCUUAUCAUCGUUUCCACGGCCACACAACAAAUAACUGCAAGAAUAUUCAAAGAAUAAUAUUAAGAAUGAUCGGACAAGGAAAAAUUAAUCACUUCCUAGCUACGCCACUACCUCCACCACCACCAGUGCAACCAACAACAGGAGGAUCCUCGUCAGGAGCAGAUAAAGAGGACUUCCAUGACAAUGUGUUGAGUCGGGUAUACGCGAGGGAUGCUGAAGGUAAAGAAAUUCUUAAUUUAGCAAAGAUACCAAAACUUAAGGAAUGGCAGAAACAGCCAAUAACAUUUAGCGCAGAAGAAGUAACUGGGGGAGGAGAAUUUCACGACAGUCCAUUAGUGGUUAAGUUAGAAAUAAUCCCGAAAGAAAACCCGAACAAGGAAGAAGGGAAAGAAGACCUCACGUGGGCGAUAAAUAGGAUAUUAAUUGAUUCAGGAAGUUCUGUGGAUAUUCUCUUUUACCACGCAUACAAGGCAAUGGGAGGAAGAGAUGAAGAUUUCAUCCCGUCAACAUACAAAAUAAACGGCUUCAAUGGGACGGCAAACAAGCCGAAAGGAUAA